AUGUCCUCCGCGCCGGUCAAGCAUUCGAUGUCAUCUUCGCCAAAGAACUCCCUAGGCCCCAGAGUUGGAGACAAAAGAAAAGCUUCUCCCACACCGGAGCCUGCGAGGAAGGUCGUCAGAGGCGGGCCCAGAGAUUUCGGUCUUGCGCAGAUACUCGAGUCAACGGACAUUGCCCAGCCACUGGUUACUAGGCAUGAAUCCCCAUGCGACACCUUUCGAGAGGUCUUUUGCUGCGAUCUGGCAGGCCCCGUCUCCAUGGUUGUCUAUCGUAGUCGUCCAUCACGUGUCAUGGCGAUCAGGACUUUCACCCAGAACCGAACAGACCAGAUGCUGGAGAUAUUCCGAAACAUCCAGCAUGAAAACAUACUCUCUGCAAUCGAAUGCUAUAAGGAUGGAGAAACGGUCUAUUUCCGAUUUGAUGACUUUCCCGUCACGCUGGAACAUCUUGUCGCCUGUGAUGCCUAUCCGACAGAGACUCAGCUCGCCUUGAUUCUUUCACAGCUCCUGCAAGGAUUGUCGCACCUCCUCAAAUGUGGUUUGGCACAUCAGUCAUUGAUCUGCUCUAAUAUCCUCCUGAGCUGGAGUGGCAUCCUCAAGAUCGCGGGCUUGGAGCAUUGCAUUGAGCAUCUCCCAGGACAGUCGCAAGCUCCAAUGAUGAAUGCGUUGGCGACCAUUGCCAUGGAGCUGAUGCAAAAUUACGACAAAGACGAUGGGUUGAGAGGGAUCGACGACGUGAACCGAUGGCCUGUCGAGUCAUGGCCCUUCAAAUUCCUGGAAGCGACAACUACUGCUGUAUCUGUUGAGCAACUGAAACAUCACAUUCAUGGUCCUGCUGGAACAGAUGGUAAAGGCGAGCUACAAUGGUUGGCUCGUUUCGCCUUGGUUUCCGCGCGCACUUUCUAUACUUACAAAACAUAAAUUUGUUAUUUCCCUUCACUGUUGGUUCUUGGGGGUUUUUCCAAUCCAUCUUCAUUGUCAAUGCUCCCUAGAGCGCGUGGUCUGUUCAGAGCUUGCCGUAGGACCCUCCCGCUUCUAGACAUGCAUUAGUGAGUUAAUGAUCGGCGCCACAGCCAGCGCUUCCUUAGCGCCUGGCCUUCAGACAGACUUCUCCUUGCCCCGCUUGCGACAAUGAUUCUACCCGAUUAACCCCGUCUCUGUAUGCAUUGGCGCUGACUUAAACUUAGUUUUUUUCAUCCACAGACGUUGCCUAAACUCGAUGUCAACCUAUCAUUUACCGGCCUUGCUCAGCAAUCGCG